AUGGGUUGGGGCCGGGCGCUUCUGUGCGGAGCAACUGUAGUGGUGCGGGGUUCAGUGCGGAGCAUGUGUGCCCAGGCGGAGGACUGGCGCUCGGCCAAGGCCAUCUAUGACUUCCACGCCCUGGACAUCGAUGGCAACGACGUUUCCCUGGAGAAGUACCGAGGUGAUGUCUGCAUCAUCACCAACGUAGCUUCCAAAUGAGGGAAGACCCCAGUAAACUACACUCAGCUUGUUGAUUUGCACGCCCGAUACGCUGAGAAGGGUUUACGCAUCCUGGGCUUUCCCUGCAACCAGUUUGGAAAACAGGAGCCCGGGGACAAUGCUCAGAUUAAGGCAUUCGCUGCGAACUACGGUGUGAAGUUCGAUCUGUUCAGCAAGAUCGAUGUCAACGGGGACAACGCCCACCCGCUCUGGAAGUGGAUGAAGGAACAGCCCAAGGGCAGGGGCACCCUGGGCAAUGCAAUAAAAUGGAAUUUCACGAAGUUCCUCAUUAACCGGGAGGGCCAAGUGGUGAAGAGGUACAGCCCGAUGGAUGAUCCCUACGUGAUUGAGAAGGACCUGCCUGCCUACCUGUAGACCUGCUGCUCUCAUGCCUGGUGCUGUGCCCUUGGCCCAGCACCUCUCUUGCUGCCCCUGGAGCCUCCUCACCCAGCCCCCAUGACGGUCUGCCUUCAAACCAGCUUGCUGGGGAGGCAGACCUGAAGAUCCUUGGCGUGCAGCUGCUGGCAGGAGGCUCCCCAGGGCCAGCAGGAGCUGCUGGGCUGCCCUUUGCUGCGGGCACAGAGCGGGCACCGCACAUCCCCCUGGCAAUAAAGAUGUU